UUAGCUUGUACUCGUAGUUGAAGUGCAUCAACAUAUCGUACCUAGGUCGCCAUGCCUGCAAACAAGACUUACCCCUCCCAUAAAAAUGCCAACGGUGAGGUGGACGACGAAUUCUACCCAUUAAUCCGCAAGUACAAGGACGGCCGGAUCGAGCGGUUCAUGAGCUCAUUCGUGCCGGCGUCGGAGGACCCGGCGGCCAGCCGUGGUGUGGCGACGAGGGACGUCGUCGUCGACCAGGGCACCGGUGUGUCCGUGCGCCUGUUCCUUCCUGCCCAGGCUGCCGAGGCCGGCGCGAGGCUCCCCCUUGUUGUGUACGUCCAUGGUGGUUCCUUCUGCACGGAGAGUGCCUUCUCCCGGACGUACCACCGUUACGCCACUUCCCUCGCCGCCAGCGCAGGGGCGCUCAUCGUGUCCGUGGAGUACCGUCUGGCGCCGGAAUAUCCCGUGCCGACGUCCUACGAUGACACAUGGGCCGCGCUGCGGUGGGUGGCGUCCUUGUCCGACCCUUGGCUCGCCAAAUACGCAGACCCUAGCCGCACGUUCCUCGCCGGCGACAGCGCUGGCGGCAACAUCGUGUACCACACGGCCGUGCGCGCCACACAUGAUGACAGCAUCAUGGACAUCCAGGGGUUGGUCAUGGUGCAUCCAUUCUUCUGGGGGCCCGAGCGUCUCCCGGCGGAGAAGGUCUUGGACGGCGACGCCAUGUUCCCACCAGUGUGGGUGGAUAAGCUGUGGCCGUUCGUGACGGCGGGCGGGGCUGGCAACGAUGAUCCUCGGAUCAAUCCUCCGGACGAGGAGAUCGCGUUGCUAACUGGCAGGCGGGUGCUUGUGGCCGUUGCAGAGAAGGACACCCUGCGCGACCGGGGGCGCCAGUUUGUGUGCAGCAUGCGCAGGUGUGGGUGGGUUGAUGGCAGCCUCACCGUGGUGGAGUCGGAGGGUGAGGACCAUGGCUUCCACUUGUACGCCCCCCUACGUGCGACCAGCAAGAAGCUUAUGAAGAGCAUCGUGCAGUUCAUAAACCAUCGCGCCACCUUGCCGUCACCGGCCAUGGUGAUCCCAGAAGGCUCGGCCGAAACUAUGCUAGGCGUCCCUAGUAGGCCAUUUAAGGACAUAUUUGGCUACGGGAUGCGCAUGAAACGUUGGAGUGGCACGAGUUUUGGGCUCAAAGUUGGUCGUGCAAAAGCAUCGACGACGAGCUAUGGGUUACCUUUGAAGCAAGCUCGCACCUUCGGAGACCCUGUUUCAGCACCAACUUCGGUAAGAUUCGUGAUGAGGAACUGUUUCUAGAACCAGUUCCCGGGGUGUGUUAAGUUAAUUUAAAUUUACCUCAAUAAAUGUAUUCUUUUCAUUAUUGCUUGCACGUUGAGUUUGUAUACGUCAAGGUUAUGAUCACUUCUGGAGUCGUGUAAGUGCUUUUGCUAUUGCACUGGCGCAUUGUAUCUGCCAGAAACGUGCAAGUUCACGUUGCGGCUAAGUCGUUGCUUGGCAUGUUGUAGUCUCGUCGCCACGAUCCACCGCGUGCAGGAUGGCGCACGCUUUGUGUGGAUCGAUCACGGUGAGCUUUGUGUGUCUGGUUGUCAAGUGUUAGAAUAA